AUGAAAUUUGAGAGCCAUGUCAGCUAUCCGCGCCAUCUCUCCUUGGAUCGAGAUCUUGACCGUCCAUUUUCGUCCGGAUCCAACCGCAGGCUGCCCGCUGCCCCCUCCUCCCUUGAUAAAUCUUCGAUUCCUCCCCUCUCUCACCACAUCCGCUGCCGCCGCCGCUACCACCGCUCUCCUCCACCUCCAUCAGCUCCAAGGAAGGUAGCCGUCAACCAUGUCCGGUCGCGGCAAGGGCGGGAAGGGCCUGGGCAAGGGCGGCACGAAGCGUCACCGGAAGGUUCUGCGGGACAACAUCCAGGCAUCACCAAGCCGGCGAUCCGGCGGCUGGCGCGGCGUGGCGGCGUGAAGCGCAUCUCGGGGCUCAUCUACGAGGAGACCCGCGGCGUGCUCAAGAUCUUCCUCGAGAACGUCAUCCGCGACGCCGUCACCUACACCGAGCACGCCCGCCGCAAGACCGUCACCGCCAUGGACGUCGUCUACGCGCUCAAGCGCCAGGGACGCACCCUCUACGGAUUCGGCGGCUAGGCCUGC